CUGAUCUGCCCAAUUGAGGCUAUUAUCAAUCGGCCACUUAAGAUGGCAGACUCUCUUGCGGCAGAAGGUAAAUGUAAGCCUUUGCUCAGGCCAAAGCAUCCUUUAGUGCUCCUGGAGCUAGAGCCAGUGAGAUUAUCAUGUCAGGAGUAAUCCGACUCGGCCCACAAGCACAACUAUGGAGGAGGAGGAGCAACAGUUGAGGGGGGGAGGCAGGCAGAGGCAUCAGAGAAGCUCUCUGCUCCGCUUACGGUAACCACGCUCUCCCUUCUCACCCUAACCCAUCUUCUCAACCCACAGAGUUCCCUUCCUUGGAACUGAAGAGAAGACCUGCUUCUGGAAAGAGGGUUUGGGUUUGUGCAAAAACGGGAGACCAGACAUUUUGUGUGGAGAAGCAUGAUGACAGAAGUUUUCUGAAGUGAACCAGAUGCCAUGUCAGGAACUUAUCUAAACACACAGCGGUCCUCUUUUUGAAUGGAUCAGCAAUGAAGAGCAUGCUUACAUUCAGAGGAAUGUUGAUAUUGAUCUUUGCACCUUUUCAGAGUUCUAUGGAAGUGCAACAAUGAUGAAUAAAUAGAACAGCCUGGACUUGAAUCAAGUCAGGACACCUUCCUUACUUGCAAACACAAGGAGUUGUGAUGAUUUUCAGAGGAACAAGCAGGAGUCCUGCCUUCACUCCUUGCCUGUGAUGAUGAUGGACUUAUCCAGCCAGCACUUGCCUGUGGAGGUCAGCUGAAGACGACGCCACACAGCUAAGUCUGGAUUAGCCGGCCGAACGAGUUUCAAUGCUCCUCCACGUUCUAAGAUGAAGUUAUGGAAAGGUGCUACUUUUGCCUUCUUGCUCUGUGGUGCAGCCCUGUCCAUCCUCCUCAUUAGAAACAUGGCCACUAUCGGACAGUUCAGACCUAAAACGAAAUAUCCGUACGCAUCUUCAUCCUCAUUGAUGCAGUCUUCAUCAUCAGAAUCAACAUCCAAGACCUCGCCGCAAUCCCCCUCAUCGUCACCAUCAUCAUCAGCAGAAUCAACAGUGUUGUCCAGGCAGAUGGGUCUUCAUCGGAGAACACGCUCAGCAGAUGAGAUGAACUCUCUUCUCUCAGAGUUUUCCAUGAUGUUCCAGAGCUUCACAGAGGGCGAGCUUCAGCAUGUGGUUGGGACCUUGCUCGACAGGAAGAGGAGGAAGAGCCGGCGCCUGGGUGAGAAGCAGGCCCGAAGGACUAAAAGAGCCCAGAGGCCUAAGCCCUGCUCCUUGAGGAAACUGCAGCUGACUGUGAGUGAACUGGGUCUCGGUUAUGACAGUAAUGAGACGGUGCUGCUGCGCUAUUGCAGUGGCAAAUGCGAGGACCAACACCGGCAAAACUACGACGUCAUCAUGAAGUACAUGAUGCGGACGGGCUUCAGGAAGAAGGGCCGCAAGGACAAGGUUAGCAACGGGCCCUGCUGCCGGCCCACCUCCUUCGAAAAGGACUUUUCCUUCCUGGGCAACAACAAUCGCUAUUACACGGUACAGAAUGUGUCGGCGAAGAACUGCGGGUGUGUAUGACCCAGAGAAAUGGACUUAUAACUUCUUCUUGCUGCUCUCAGCCUCUGUUGGAACAGUGGGUGCUGUUAAAAGACAAACUGUGGAAUAUAAACUGAAGGAAGGAAGAAAAGGAUGGGAAUAUUUUUACAGGCUGCUCCACGGCGGCCUUUUUGUGACAGGCAAACUUCACUUUUUUUGGCGUCUGUCAAUACAAAUUGGAACCAAAUCACAUGGACAGCGAGUGCUGCGUUUUUGUGGAUUCCAUGUAAAGAGACACAGAGAAUGACUGUUCAUACCAAAAAGUUUUUAUUAUCUUUUCUAUCUGUGUAGUAACACUGUAAACUGUGGUGUAACAACAAUGUAGCAACAUUAUGUUUGUGAUAUUGCAUUUGAGUAGUAGUACAUGCGAUAGAUGAGCCAUGGUGGACUAGAUUAUUGCUGUUACUACACUUCAUAUCCAUGGGCGUUAACGUCUAUAAGUCCAAAUCUUGUAGUUUACAGGGUUAUAAUGGUGACAGUAAAUCACCUAUCAGGCAAAAAAAGUGCUCAAAAACCCAUUUCAAAGCCAUAAAUAAAAAUUAAAAUACAUGUAAUGUACCGAUGUUUACUUUCUGCAUAAGACAGUUUGAUGAAAAUGAUAAGUGAUCAGCUGUCUCUGUAAAGUACAUUGACUUAAAGGUGUGUUGAGUUAUCACAGGUGACAUGACUUCUUGACCUGUUUCCCUGCUUGUACGCAUUACUGUUACUGAUUGCAGUGUUAUUACACAGGUAAAAGAACAUGUGUUAUGGUUAAGAAUUUGACAAUGAAAGAAAAUCCUUUUAUAUAGCUCCAGAUUUGAUACCCACCUUUAAUUGUUGUGUUUUGUAUAUCGAUGUUGUGUAGAUUAACAAUGAGGACCUGUUUCAAAACACACAAAUACUCUCUCAUGAUAGUAAUAGAACAACAUGAAAAUGUAUCCCACCUGCUCUCCAUAGAAUAAGUCAUCACACUCAAAGAAAUGAUCAUCUUUUUUUAUACUUUCCCCAAAUAACCCAGUAUUCUAAUUACCCAUAAUCCUCUGGAAUUAUUUUCCUCAAAGAAUUGCCAAAACACACCGAGUCAAUUCAACACACAUGAUGAAUUCAUUAACUUAGAUUCAUAAACAUCUCAAGUUCCAGUUGAUAUAACCUCUUUAUUAUCGUCUCUGGUUGUAAUUUCUGAGCGUUUAUACUCAGAACUUUAGCUAAUCUGAGGUGUGAAAGGGAAGAAUGCUUUAAUGAUCAGUAAUGGCAUUAUUUUUUCUUCCUCCACAGACAGAAAACUAACUAUGAAGUAGAGUCAGGAUCUGGAAAUGUGUUUUCACCCAUCCAUAAAAACCUGUAACUUACUAUGAUCCAAAGCCCACAGUACAGCCUUGUAUUGGCCCAUCAAAUGCCUCCUUGUUGUAUUGCCUGGUAGAGUUUUAGCAGAAUAUAAGCUGUUGAAAUGAAUUAUGAAACAUGUUUUUCACCUUCGACAAUCUUUAUUUGGUUUGAACCCAUUGCAACUGUUUGCCUGAAGUACAAUAAAUUAUGUUUUUGUUUCUGUUUUUCCUGAGGAGGUGCAGUGUGGGGCGUGGAUGCGGUGCAUCUUUAUUGUAGUUUUAUAUUGUAUUUAUUUGGGAAAUAAAUUAUGUUUUUUUGCAUAUUUAUUUAGAUUACCACACAGAAACGGGACAGCUUAUUAUCAUUAAGCAACUGUGCCAAAAAAUGUUUUAUCUAACAUUCUAUAUUGACUGCUGAAUAAACAUAAUUUCAGAGGUUUGGAUGUUCAUCAUUUCUCCCAAACUAUCCAUCUUUGGGUGUCAAAUACUCUGUACUGAUUGUAUUUAAAAUACAUAAAUAAAAGAAUAAAAGUCUUAUAAUGCAA